UUGUUCUAUGCAUGGGAGUUCACUGGGAUGGGUAAUGCUUCCAGUAGGCAAAAGACUAAAACUGGCAUUGCAUUGUUGUAUGAUGAAGUAUCCGAAAAUGCUUAUGACAUCCGACUGAAGCUUAUGAAAGAGGUAUUAACAAUUCAAAAACAAGAUGUCGUCUGUGUUAGUGGAAGUGAUCACAGUACAAAUCACAGAACUGUUACACUUCAUAGACAACCAGUUGGUGGCUUGGGCUUAAGCAUAAAGGGUGGUGCUGAGCACAAAGUGCCUGUCGUCAUAUCAAAAAUAUUUAAAGACCAAGCAGCUGACCAAACAGGAAUGUUAUUUAUAGGAGAUGCAAUAAUACAGGUUAAUGGUAUAAAUGUAGAAAGUGCUACCCAUGAAGAAGUGGUACACCUAUUGAGAAAUGCUGGCGAUGAAGUUACCAUCACUGUUCAGUACCUCAGGGAAGCUCCAUCAUUUUUAAAGCUCCCAUUAGGUUCCCCUGGACCAUCCAGUGAUCACAGCAGUGGAGCUUCAUCACCUCUCUUUGACAGUGGCUUACAUUUAAAUGGAAACUCAACUAACACUGCUCCAUCAUCACCUUCUUCACCCAUAGCUAAUGAACCAAAAUAUGAGAAGCGCUGGCUAGACACCUUAUCAGUUCCUCUGUCAAUGGCUCGAAUCUCAAGGUACAAAGCUGGAACAGAUAAAUUAAGAUCAAAUGCAUUUGAAGUGCUGGCACUCGAUGGAGUUAGUACUGGGAUACUUCAGUUUUAUACAGCCCAGGAGAGUGCUGACUGGCUGAGAGCAAUGUCAACUAACAUCAGUGAUUUGACACUUCAAAAU